CCAGCUGUAGAAAAGGAGCAGGAUUUUCCCUUGAUCUGGUGUGGACUCAUGCGGGCCAAUAAACAACAAUUUAUCACAGUUUAAACUGUUUAUACGUAUAUUCUGUUCCCGCACAAGCAUACUUCAUCAUAUCCUUAAAAUAACAGCGUGAGAUGUUUGUGUGUUCAUCCAUCCAGUGUCUGAGCAGCUCUAUAUAAGGCUGUUUGUUCUGUGUCUGUGUUUUUUUCAUGACUUCACAGCAGCUUCAGCGUCCAGCAGCCAGACUACUGCUUUACACAGAAUCAAACCGACAGGCUCCUUACAACAUCAGGAAAUCAGCUUUUCCAAGUCAGCUUUUCCAAGUAAACGUUUCAGGCAUUUUAUCUUUUUUUAAACCAAACAGUUUAAAAACUAAAUCCCAGUAAAACUAAGUUUUGUUUUUUCUGCAGACAAAAGCAGAGUCAACGCAGAUAAUACCAAGAGAACAUGUUUUAUUCUCUUAUUCUGUACCUGAAAUGUAGCCUGUCACAUAUCCUGGAAAUUUGACAUCUUAAGUAACUAUGUGUCAACACACUGACACAGUAUCCGCUGCAAGGAUGUGAGACAUGGAACAUUUUAUUGGUGGUAUAAGGCCUGUGUCCAUCUCUUUCUGUGAACUGGAAAGCUCUCCUUUCAUGGAAAAGACAAACGAGUGAAGCAGUCACUUCUCUAUUUCUGGAUCUGCCCUGGUCAUCACUCUAUCUCCCCCCCGCUGCCCCUCCCCGCCUCUAAUGUCUCUCUCUUUGCAGUUGCAUGAGCAUCCACAUCAGUCUGUCUCUGCUCACGUUUCUGCCUGACCACUGUGUAGUGACGUGGGUGUGUCCAGAGGAAACUGUCAAGGGAUAUUCAGAGUAUUGUAAACGGUGACAUCUUUUACUUGAACAUUCAGUCCAGUUUCUGGGGAGUUUUGGAGAAGGAGUUCCAGAGGGAGCGAGCAGCUUUAGAAAAAAGCUCUGUGGCCUCAGUUUCGGUGCUUGGUCCGGCGUGAUGGAGGUGAAGCAGCCAUGUCAGAUGUAGAAGAGGAAUAUGAGGAUCAGGAGGCUGAAGAGGAGCAGGAGGAGGAGGAGCCUGAACAGGUGGAGGUGGAGGAGGAUGGAGGAGAGGAGCAAGAAUACCAAGAGGAGGAACGCCCCAAACCCAAGCCUAUGAUGCCUCAACUUGCGCCUCCAAAGAUCCCUGAAGGAGACAGAGUGGAUUUUGAUGACAUCCACAGAAAGCGUAUGGAGAAGGAUUUACUGGAGCUGCAAACUCUGAUCGAGGCUCACUUUGAGCAAAGGAAGAAGGAUGAGGAAGAACUUAUUGGCCUCAAAGGUCGAAUAGAGCAUCGUCGGUACGAGAGAGCUGAGAUCCAGAGAGUUAGAGCAGAGAAGGAGAAGGACAGACAGAACAGGAUUGCGGAGGAGCGUCACAGAAAAGAGGAAGAGGAGGCCAAGAAGAAGGCUGACGAUGAUGCCAAGAAGAAGAAAGUGCUGUCUGGCAUGGGAGCAAACUUUGGAGGCUUCCUGGCCAAGGCUGAGACGAGGAAAGGCAAACGUCUGACAGGCCGAGAGAUCAAGAGGAAGACUCUGGCUGAUAGACGCGAGCCACUCCCCAUCGACAGCAUGAGGGAGGACGCGCUCAAACAACGGGCCCAGGAGAUGUGGAACUGUAUCUACCAGCUGGAGUCUGAGAAGUUUGACUACUUGGAGCACAUGAAGCACCAGAAAUAUGAGAUCACUGUGCUGCUGAACCGGAUCCAACAUGCUCAGAAAUUUAAAAAAGGUCACGGCAAAGGGAAAGUGGGAGGCCGCUGGAAGUAAAGAACAGAACGUUUUGGAGGGUCCAUGGUCAUCUAUCCACUCUUCAGACCGUCCUUGUAUGUGUGAAAGAUUGUUUCUUGAUAAGAUUUGUUGAUAAUAAAAUAAAAUGCGCUGAGUUUUA